AUGAGCAAGAAUAAUUUCUCAGGUCUCCUCCCAUCCAAUUUCGAGGAAUUUCGAUCUGUAGAUUAUUGGGACGGAUUCUUCAAAGCUAGAAACCAAAAGUCCUUCGAAUGGUAUGGCGAAUGGAAGCAGCUCCGACCGCUCGUGCUCCCCCUGGUCAAGCCAUCUAAGGCCAUCCUGGUGGUUGGCUGCGGCAACUCCGAUCUGUCGGCUGACAUGUAUGACGAGGGCUGCACACACAUCACCAAUGUGGACUUCUCCAAGACUGUGAUCAAGGAGAUGAUGCUGAAGAACCUGCGCAAGAGGCCCCUCAUGAAGUGGCUGUUUGACAGCAGCAGCUUCGCUGUCAUCGUGGACAAGGGUGGCCUGGAUGCGCUGAUGGGGGAAGACACAGCGGGGUCAGAGGAUGCUGGCGGGAAGCUGCUUGCUGAGGUUGCCCGCCUGCUGAUGUACAACGAAGGCGCCGCCUACCUCUGCGUCACUCUGGCACAGACCCAUGUCCUGAGGAAGCUGCUGGGUGCCUUCCAGAGUGGCUGGUCAAUAAAGCUGCACAGGGUCCCCCCCUCCCCAGAUAUGGCAGGGUCCCCCCUGCAGCCCGUGCUGGCAGUGGUGCAUCGUUGCCUCCGGCAGCAGGACAGCGGCCCAGCUUCUCUUGGCUCGGCGCCUGUGGAGCUCGGCUUCGGAGAAGACCCUGCCUGCUGCAAUUCAGAGCAGCUUGCUGACAUUGUCAAGGUGGUGAAGGAGGAGAAUGCAGCCAGGGCGCUGGGCAAAGAGCAGGACAAGGGGGAUAUCUUUGCGCGGCUGCAUCCCGGCAGCCGCAUUGCCAUACCAUGCCUGCCAUUUGCCGCCCAGGACAUUAGAGCAAGGGUGAAUACAGCGCCCGAGGAGGCUGGUUCUUCCCAGGAAGUUAGCUCCAAUGGGGAUGUAGGCGUAGAUAGGGACAGCCAAGCCAGCUGCUACCCCCCGGACAGCCAGGAGGAGAGUGCCCCACUGGGAAACUGCUCAGCGCGCUUCUCUGCCAUCGUGCUCGACAACAGACAAGAAGCCUCAGAGCGCGCCGUGCACGAAUGCUGCGUCUUCAUUGUACCCCAGGGUCGGGAGCAUGAGUGGCUUUUUGCCACAGUGGAGGGACAGUGGGCCGUGGCAGCGGACUGCAGGGCCAAGAGGGUCAUUCUGGUGAUCCUCAACAGGGGCCACACCUUCAAGGGCACUGCUGCUGUCAACAGGGAGCUUUCCCCUUUGGUGAAGAAUCUUGCGCCAGCAGAUGUGCGGGAAGGGGAAAAGAAGAUCCCGAUCCUGACCACUAGCGAGGGCAUUGGGGAGCGGGUGGUCCUGGAAGAGGCGGAGUCCUCCAUCAACGGGCACAUAUCAGUGGAGGAUGUGAAGGUGCUGCUACCGGAUGCAGAGGAUCCUGGAGAGAUGCAGUGGCUUCGGCGCAUGGUGUUCACCAGCAACCGCAACCUCACCCAGUCAGAGGCGUAUCUCAUACCUGCCUCCGCUGCCGGCACAGCACAGGACAAGGGCCGGGCGCCAAAGAAGGGGAAGGCGAAGAAGGCGAGCAAGGGGAAGGAUGAGGGGUAUGUGCCGAUGGUGCCCAGCUAUGAGAUUUUGGCCAGCGAGUACCACAGCGCCAUGGUGGCAGGCCUCUCCCUCAUUGCGGAGGGACUGCUGGAGAGGCGGCGGAGAGAGGGUGGGGACCCAGGGAGGGUGUUGGUGGUGGGCCUGGGAGGGGGGGCGCUGCCCAUCUACCUGCACAGCUGCCUGGGCCUGGCGGUGGACUGCGUGGAGCUGGACGCGACAGUUGUCGGCCUGGCGCGCCGCCACUUCGACUUCGCUGACGUCUGCAGCCAGCCGUCCCUCACAGCGCUCGUUGGCGACGGCCUGGAGGUGGUUGCUGAGCUGGCGCAUGCACCAGACGCGCCAAGUUUGGACGUCCUCAUCGUCGACGCUGGCAGCGGCGACGCCAGCUUGGCGAUGACGUGUCCGCCUGCGGCCUUUUUGGGCGAGGACUUCUUGGAAAACGCGCGCGCAGCUGUGCGGCCUGACGGAUUAGUCAUCGUCAACUGCGUGUCCCGGUCUGCUGAGGCGUUCUCCAAGGCCGCCGCUGCCCUGCAGGCAGUCUUUGCAGAGGUGUACGAGCUGGGCAUGGAUACAGACAUCAACAGGGUGCUCUUUGCCGCCCCGGCCCCCUUACCAGAGGGCGUCAGGGGGAAGGUGGGCCGCUCGGCGAAUUGCGCUAUGCAGCUCGUGGCAAAAUUGUUGCCCCUUGCUGCAUCUGAGGCGGACACGGCUCUACUAGAAGUGCCGCCUGAUGCGCCUCUGGUGACCCAGAUGCAGGCCAUGAAACUGCUGGACAGGCCUUCUGGAAAGUAG